GUCGGAUCUCUUGGUAUCGGGGUAUCGGUAUCCGCACCUCCUGGCAUCUCCAUUGCCACGCCAUGCCGCCGGCGCGCGCCCUCUGCCGAGCCGCCCUCGCCCUCGGCCUCGCCCUGCUCCGGGGAGCGCCCGUGGGCGCCGUGCAGCUGCAGGGCGUCGCCGCGGCGGCCGGGGCCCGCUGCCGCAACGCGCUGCAGGGCGAAGAAUGCUACCGCCAAGUGGACUCGAUCAUGCGCCGAGACCUCGCGUAUUACCACGACAGGUUCCCGACGUUGAGCAAGUCCGCCACGUUUGAGGACGUGCAGGAGGCCCUGAAUGCCGACGAGCUGUGGUCCUCGGUGUGCACCACAAGGCCAUGCCGUGCUGGGCAGCAUGAGGAGGAAUCCGACGAUCCUGACGGCAUGCGCACCGCCAGCGGUGUCGUGUCCGACGCCGGUUCCCGCGCCUCCGGCCCCGGCGAACCCGUGGAGGAGGUGCUCGGCAGUCGGGUCCCCCCACCAGCUCCCGAGAUGGCGGCGGCACCUGGGCUGGCCCUGGCCGUACAGAAAAGCCGCACCUUGCCGGGCGUCGUCACCGCCAUGCCAUUCGUCGAUGACACCUCGGCGGAGCUCCCAGCACAGGCGCAGGAGGAGAACACCACGCAGGCCGCCUCGUGCCCAGAAGUCAUGUGCAACGGCCCCAGUCUCGCCUGCGGCCCAGCUCGGCCGAGGAGCGCUGGCUGUUUUGUGUGGCUGCCCAGAGGCUGCAAUACCUCGCACGUCCACGCGAAAUUCCACUGGCGGAGGGACACGUGGGGCGAGGUCAACGCGCGCGCGGGGGAGAGCGAGGGAGGACGCGUGCCAGGCCCGCAAGCCCGCCUUCGACGCCUUCUGCGGCGUGGAGGACGCCGUCAUGCUGCACGUGAGCGACUCGCUGCCUGAGGCGGCGCCACUACUCCCCAGAAGCACCGGCUGCUUCGUAUGGCUGCCCAGCGGCUGCAAGGCCGCGCGCUUCCACGCGAAAUUCCAUUGGCGGAGGGACACGUGGGGCGAGGCGAACGCGCGCGCGGGGGAGAGCGAGGACAAGUGCAAGGCCCGCAAGCGCACCUUCGACGCCUUCUGCGGCGUGGAGGACGCCGUCAUGCUGUCGCUGCGGCCACUGCCGCCAGUGCGGCCAAGGAGCGCUGGCUGCUUCGUGUGGCUGCCCAGCGGCUGCAAGACUGCGCGCUUCCACGCGAAAUUCCAUUGGCGGAGGGACACGUGGGGCGAGGCGAACGCGCGCGCGGGGGAGAGCGAGGACGCGUGCCGGGCCCGCAAGCCCGCCUUCGACGCCUUCUGCGGCGUGGAGGACGCCGAGAUGCUGCCCGUGCUGGCGGCCCCCCCCGAGGCCGAGAGCGCGGCCAGCGGCGAGGGCGGCCCGCUCGCGCCGAGGCUGCGAACCUACGAGGCAGACGACGCGGUGGCAGCGUGAGUCUUCGCCUAGAGAGAGAGAGAGAGAGAGAGAGAGAGAGAGAGCGAGA